GAAGGGGCGGAGUCUAUGAGGAUGUACCACUGCGCGGCCUGGGGCGGGGGGGAAACGCAUCGACGCGGCCCCGACUGUCUCCCUACCCCUCAGCAGCCCUAGGGGGAAUGGAGUGAAUACACAUACUCCUCUGGGAGAGGACCCUCUCCGAGGCUUUGGGGAACUCUGGAGGUGUCGGGAACUGGCGCGCUCCCCCUGGCCCGAAUCGUUCCAGCCCCGCCGCGCCGCCCCGCCCCGCCGCUGGCUGGUUGCUGUUUGAUGGGCGCGCGGAGCACACGUCGCUAGGGCCUGGGUGUCCGGGGUGAGACUGUCCGCGCGGUGCUCCGUACUGGGACCCAGGACCGAUGGCCUGAAGGUCCUGGCCUCCGGGAUUCCGUGCCCCGGAUGAACUGAGAUCACGGAUGCGCCGCGGGUGCCCGAGCACCCUCCCAGAAGAGUCCAGACUCGGUGGGGGGAGCAUUGAGGGUCACUGCCAGCUGACCGACGUCUAGGAGCCAAGAUGCUCAGAUUUGUUGCUGUAACUUACACACGUGACGUCACUUUUUGAAGCCUCAGUGUUGUCCUCUGUAGAAUGGACGUAAAGCUACUUCACAGGUCCGAUGGGAGGAUUAAAUGAGACAAUGUUUCUAAAGCUCUUCGAAGGAGGUAGCCCUGGAGGCAGGGCCUGGUGGGCAGAGUAUGCCUGCUGUCACCUGGGACCAUGGGCGGCAUGAAGACCCCCUGGAGCUGGCCAUCAGUGGGAUGCAGACCCUUCACCGCCAGCGCCGCUGCCGGGGUGGCUGUCAGGUCAAGGCCAGGGCCUCAUACGUGGAUGAGACUUUGUUUGGCAGCCCUUCAGGCACCCGGCCCACACCGCCAGACUUUGACCCACCCUGGGUGGAGAAGGCCAACAGAACCAAAGGAAUGGGCAAAGAAGCUUUGCGGACUUCGGGGAGCUGUGAGACCACCUCCUCCAGGGGCAGCACCCCGACCCUCACCCCGAGGAAGAAGAACAAGUACAGACUGAUCAGCCACACUCCGUCCUACUGUGAUGAGUCACUAUUUGGCUCCCGACCCGAGGGUGCCGGCUCGGAGGCCCCCUGGAUCACAAAGGGGGGUGCCGCAAAACUCCAUUCCCUCUUCUGGACACCCCCGGCAACCCCUAGGGGCCACUCACCCCACCCCAGGGAGACCCCUCUGCGUGCCAUUCACCCAGCUGGUCCCUCAAAGACAGAGCCCAGGGCGGGGGCAGACUCACGGCAGUUCUCCAGGGGUGUGUUAGAUUCUCCACGCCCAGUGAGGCGCGAGCCUUCCCACUCCCUCACCCACCCGACUGUCCCCACCACUGGCCGCCCACCCAGCAGUGGCCCCCACACAAAUGGGCCUCGGGAUCCCAGGCCUUCCCCACUGGGGGUGACCUUCCGGAGUCCCCUGGUGACUCCCAGGGCCCACUCAGGCAGUCUUUCAGUGUCAGCCACCCCCCGACGAGGUGGGGCCACCCAGAAACCAAAGCCCCCCUGGAAAUGAUCCUUCCAUCAGGUUGGCCCUGGUCGGGUCACGGCAAGGACCGCAGUUUCAGAGGACGGCACAGGUAGGGGGCUUCUGGGGAGACCUGCGGGCUUUGGAGAAGCUCUCGAGGGGGCAGACUCAGCGGGGGUGGCCUGGGCCGUGCCCUGUCCUGACAAGCUCUAGCGGCUGCGAGGGCCCCGAUUGCGAUGCCUGUUUCAAGUCUGUUGUAGCCAUAAGCUGUAUCCGUGCCAACCCAGGGAUGCCCCCAGGGACGGCCCGCCCCCUCCACCUGGCCCCCACACUAUGUCUUGCUGCCAAGUAUGAGUAGAAGGUGUGGUCGCCAACCUGGAGCGUUUCCUUCCCCCUCUUCAAGCCAAACCCCCUGCUCAGAAUGAGUUUCCUGCAGGGUCUGGGGGCCUCCAGAGUUUUCCCAGGCACAGCCUGUGGGCCACAGCAGGACCGAGGAUCUGGGCGGGACGAGGGCCGACUUUUUAUUUCAAUAAUCGUGUAUUUAUUUUCAUGUAUUAAAUGUGUCAGUAGCUCAU